AUGAACGACUCUAUGGAAUUACAACCCUUUGAGAAUAACAACAGUUCUGACAAGACACAGACUAAGAGUUUUGCGGAACGAGUGAGGCGGGGGCUGGAACGAGUGAGGCGGGGACUGGAGACUCCAGUGGUGGGCAAGCUCAAACUGUGGCUGGUUCUCCUCAUACUCUUGUUUGCCAUCAUCUUUGUGAUAGUCAUCUCCAUCACUCUCAGCAUAGUGCUUUAUCAGGAUCCAGACGAUAAGUAUGAUGUCCGCUCUUUUGUGGUGCCGCGUGUCUUCAGUGGAAGUGUGAGGGUGGCCAACCAGAACUUCUCCAAGAACACCACUGCCCUGCAUGGCCUCGCCACACAGCUGGGAGUCAAGCUGACUACACUUUAUGGCUCUUCCCAUGCCCUUGCCCGAUACUUCAAGUAUGCCAGGAUCAAAACAUUAAGUAAAGGCAGCGUGAUCAUUGAGUUCUGCCUGGAGUUCCGCAUGCCUCUAGACUCCGACCAGCUGGUGCGCUACACCCUGAGCCGGGAGAUGGUCUCUGCCGUACUGCGCCAGCACCUCUACGACCAGGCCGGCAGCGGCGGGAAUCCCCUCUACAUACCCCCCACCAAUGCCAGUAUGCAGGUUGGUGGGCCCAGUUGUAGCAGCUGAUGUAACUGAGGAGAGCCUAAGGGCCUCCAUCUUUGAUUGUAGGAGCCCUUCCUCACGCUGUCAUCGGUGGCACAGAGAGUGUGCAGGAAAGAGACAGACUACGUCUGUGUGUGAGAUCCAUCACACACUGAUUAUAACCACUGUCACUAUUUGGAUUAUGUCUGUGGCCUGUAUGGAAACACAAGAGGAUCUGAAAGCACCAAUGCACAAAGCAAACAUAUCCACUCCAGAGUACUCCCAAGUUUACUCUCCAUCUGAGACUUCUCUCUCUCUUUUUCUCUCCCUCUCUCUCUCUCUCUUUUUUUUCUUUCUCUCUCUUUCUCUCUCUCUCUCCCUCUCUCUCUCUCUCUUUUUUUUCUUUCUCUCUCUCUCUCUCUCUCUCUCUCUCUUUCUUUCUCUCUCUCUCUCUCUCUCUCUCUCUCUCUGCUUCUCUAUUUUCCCCAGGCUAUCAGCUCCCUCCAGGCCAUUGUGGAAAUACACUGAUAACAUUUUGUCAGCAUGGUCGCUGGAUGUAUAUUUGAUAAGCUGAAUUUUUCUUGAGUGAAUUGCUAAGCUCGGGCUGAGUGGGAUUCAGCACACUGGAGUUAGAUAUCCAUGCAACCAUGGAAACACAGUUGGAAAGGGAAAUGCAGACACACAGGGCAGCUAUGUCAAUACGAUACACCCUGAGAUCAACAAGGGUGUGGACAUAGUCACCUCCAGAAGGGGGGUUUGUGCUGCAAAGCUGAAUUUGGGUGGGAUAUUAAAUUUGAUUAUUUUAUUGUUUUCCGUAUUUGAUUAUAUAGUCAUGUAUUUUGCAUUGUACUUUUGUUUCUUUUUUUCAUGAUUUUCUCCAGCCAAGUAUUGUAAUAUUAAAAGUGUCCACUAGGUGGUAAAAGGGUUCCACCAGAGCCAGAGAGUGGCAAUAUUGCCCUCCCUGGGGAAGCUGCAGAUUGUCUUCAAUUUUGUUUGGUAAUCUGUCUGAAUGUGUGUAAUCUUGAUGUUUAAAAUGUGUUUUAAAUGAUACAGAAUAUUAACUGCUAUUUACCUUUUGGUCUUAAAAAUGAAAAUCUACAGAAGAAAUACUGGAAUUGAAAUAUUGACACAAUAUAAUUUGCUGCAUCAUCUUACUUUAAGGCAGCAUUUGUCCAAUUCUGAAAUGACAUCUCAGCAGAUAUAUGGUUGAAAGUCCUCUGAGAACUUUUGCACAAAUAAUUGUGUAAACAGACCAGACAUGUUGAAGCCUGAAUGAACCGUAAAGUUCAAGGUCAGUCUGGUUUCUGUUGUGAGGAGUUGUUAUCAUGCUGAAAAGUAAGACGCAGUGAGAGAGGCAUUAAGUCAAAAUCAACCUCCAGUCCAAAACACCUAUUACAAAAUAUUCAUAGUUCUACCACUGAGUGGACCAGUUUUUCUCAUGGCAUUCUCUUUUUGGACAUAAACACUUUACAUGUAUGCCUGAAUCCAAACCAAUCUACGAUUUUUUUUCUCCUGCUCUCUCUGACCUGACGUAACUGUAUCAUUCCAUGGAACAACAUGAAAGCAUUUAUGAACUAAUGUUGAGUUUAAGUAUUUAGCAGAGACGCACAUUCUACAUCAUUGUUGUGUUGUGCCAGCCUUGAUCAUUCACUGGGUGUACAAUGGCGUUCAGUGUUACAGCAUAUUGUUGCCAGCACCUCUUCUACCCUACUUCUAAAUAGAAAAAUAUAUCAAUGAUUACUCCAAGUUACGUUCCUUCUUGGAAUUCAGUUAUUGUUUUCCUGGCCCCUAACUUUCACAGUAAACAGUCUUUCCACCCCCCCACCCCAGCAGUGCCUUUUUAUCAUGCUGUGAUAAACACUGCUGUCUCUGACCCGUAUUGGUGACAUACAUAUGCAGGCUCUCAUGCCCUGUUUCUUCUUCGUUUAUUAUUACUACUUGAUGGCACUGCUUCCGUGCAAGUUCCCCGGAGUGCCAAGGCUGAUUACCAGCCAGUCUAUUGACUCUGAUUGCCUUCUGUAAGCCUCUAGUUUGUUCUGCCCCUAUAAUCUGGUCGAUGCCACUCCUUCUGCAGGGUUGGCAGGGCUCACCCUGCCUGCUUUACGCUCAGGUGCUAUUCACUGGAAGGUUCGCUGCCAUCCAAUGCAUGAGCUUAAGCCUGCUUGGCCCAUGCCAUGUAAACAUGUGCCCACAUGGAUGGACUAAUGAGAUUCCUGUCAAGCCUAGACUGGAGUAAACAUCUUUGUCUGGUUGGCAGCAUAGUCACUAAGACAUAUAUCACAAUUAGACUACAACUGGUCCUCAAUUGGCUGUUGAGAAAGGGCUGGCCAGUUGAGUGUGUUUUGUCUGAAAGAGGAAUGCUCUGGAAAGUGUUUGUUAUGACAUCCUGACAUGUGUGGUUGUACGGCUGCAUUGUAAUAAUUCUGUCUUUUGUAAUGAUCAAAAUGUUUUUUACUUUUGUACUUUUGAUUUUAUUUUGUAUUGUGAAUGUAUGUAGAAGACCAUAAUUCAGUAAAGCUAUUUUUAUUGAUUUUAUACAAAUGACACAUUUAUUGAACAGUAAAUUGAGGAUAUAAGCAAA